AUGAUUAGGGACCAUAAGGCUCCUGCUGGCCCGAGACCAGCUUCGCAGUCCCCGACUCGAUCGGCCAAGGAGAACGUCAACCCGAUUAACAGAAUCGAUAACGAGCCAAUGCUUCACGCAUCGUCGUCUAAUAAUCAUUCACUCUUCUCCUUUGGUCGGAAUGGGGAUUCGGGCGAUGUAGGAGACAGCACCACAGGCUCUUUCGAAUUUCUACCCUCCGUCAGUUUCGAUGAUCUCCAGAGUAGCCUCGAGUCAGCCACCAACGAUCUAAGACUGACACAAUUUCCUUCGCCAUCCGGUCAAGGAAGCAUUCUCGACGAACAAUCAUCAGACAGGAUGGUCAGGCAGUCUUCGGGUACUAGCCUAAAUGGCGCAACGACCCGUACAGGAGCUCAGCCAAACCCCACUCCUAAUGCAGCCACCAGACCGGGAAGAUCUGGUUCGAUACUUAGAAGGCCCAGCACGGCAAAUCGCCAGGUUAGCAGCGGCUCUAUAGCGUCCAUGUCUUCCAACAUUGCCGAUGCGCCGGUUGCGCCUGCUGCGAUGAGAAAUAGACGCCAGAAUCAUUACCCACCGGUUUCUAGCAGUAACCUUGCAAAGCAGCCGAGAAAGUCGAUUGGUCCUAGCGUUGUCGAGACUGAUUUUGGGGCUAGAGUGCAGAAAAGAAGACCGAGUUUAAUAUCAGAUGGAUCGGAGAGAGCUAUAGUGGGUUCAGCUCGGACAUCGAUUGACAUUUCCUCGGGACAGCCUGGUGAUGGGUCAAGAACGUAUGCAAACGCGCGAGCCACGAAGGCUCGUUCAGUACAACCUGCACCAAGAAUAUCAGCCAACCUCUCUGGAGCUACCAGUACCAGCAAUAAUCUUGCCCCGGAUCAGAACCGUAUCUCGGCUGCAUUUUCCAGAUCCCCAAGAGCUGCUGGUAAAGGUUCUACGCCUAGUUCUGCGAGAAGAAUGUCUAUAAUGCCCGGAACACAUGGUUCUCAUGCGACCGGUCUAGGUGCCAGAACAAUCUCACCGACUGAUGCGCAACGAAUGAAGCGCAUGUCAAUCCAUCCUGGGCAGAACGUACCACAAAUUACCAACGCCCCCCCGCCGCCUAUCGAAGUUCGCCCUAACUCACGCUCUCCUUCCAUGAUUCCUCGAAAGACAUCUACCACACCUUCGUCUUUAAGAACAACUCCAGAACUUACGAAUAGAAAAUCCUACAGCUCAGGAUUAUCAGUUGCCUCGGCAAACAGUUUCAAUACCCACCGAACAUCGACUGGUUCCAUUCAGCGGACUAUCCCGCAAGGUGGUCCAGCAUCGAGAUUGCCCGCUCCCAAAACGCUAAACGUACAUAACCCUCCGACAGGGGAAGAUGAAGAAGACGUACCGCCUGUGCCUGCAAUUCCUAAGGUUUACGAAUCGCCCAAGGACUCCCCGGCGGAAAUAUCUUUCCUCGAGAAAAGAAAAUCGACGUAUACGUUAGAUUCGAGUAGUGUGCACAGCACUUCUACGGGAACUCCCUCUGGUACGCCGUCGCAGGAACCAACGAAUAAGUAUCAACGUAAACCCACUACUCGAAAGCACGCGCCGCGGAAGACUCUCGCUGGCCCGGAUGUUGAGCAGAAGAUUGGCAUAAGUCAAUCGAAAAAGAGUCUACAGCCAUUACGACUUCCGCCGCUCACUCUCGGUCCAUUGAGUAUUAACGAAGCAAAGAUUACAGCUUUGCAAAGCCAAAGCGAAGAUGAUGGCAAAUGCAGUCCUCCACUCUCGCGGAUGAUUCCUAAGACGCCAAGCACGCCGAUGACGGCUUCUAGGAGCACAUUCUUCUCUAGACGUACGGAUAAAGAUCCCAAUAAAACAAUGCCACGGAGUAGUAGUUCUAUUCACCAUAGUCGGGUGGAAAGUCCGACCGGGGGAAGUUUGUCUGAAUCGCCGCUUGACUCAUUAGCUAAGAAGCAAAUUCACAAAGUCUCUGCUUCGCCAUUCCUGUCGACACCUGCUCCCAAAAAGGACAGCAUAUUUGGAAGUAGACUAACAAAAUCCAAGACGGUUGGAGACAUAACGCAGCAAAUUGCUAUUGACACCGCUGUGGAAACUAGGCCACCUCAGAAGCCAUCUGGCCCACGCGCGCAGAAGUCGGGUAAGGCAGGAAACAAAUCUCCUGCUGAAAAUAGCCCGGAGGAGCCCCCAACUCCAUCUUCUAUGAGUAAUUUGAGGAGGAAAUUAAGCUUGUCUUGGAAGAGGAGCAGUUCGAAGAGCAGUCACCAUGCGUCUUCCGCAUCUCUUGAUAAGAACUCCGAAAAGCAUGCUCGACAGGAUAGCAUGCCACCUCCGCGAUUGCCGAUUUCAGCGUCCAUGAAUAUAAGCGCGGCGAAGGCUUCUAGUCCAAGCCACACCACGAAACCAUCGGGAUCGUAUUUGGAGUCCAGACGCAGAAAGAGCUCCGCAUCCAGUCUUAAUACCACGUUUACACAGAAGAAUCGUAAUGAUGCUUGGACGAGCUCGAAGGAGGAUGUGGGUAACAGUUCAAUGGUCGAGGCCUCGUCACAAUCUCGGAAUGUGCCCAUGCAGAAGAUACUGCGUCCGAGGCCAUCGACUGCAUCAAUUAAACGCCGUGAUUCUUAUACCGCGGAAUUGGAUAAGGAUGAUAUGAUUGCCGAGGAUGAGAUGAGGAAAAUGGCAUUGAGGAGGAAGGAGACGGAAAUGGCGGCUCGGACGCUGGAUGCUCUCCGCAAGAGAGCGACGCCAAAGGAACGCGUUGGUCCUCACGAGGCAAUCCGGAUAGCCAUGCUAAAUAUUUACGAGAGGGGCGAGAUUGUCGACUAUAACGAUGUCUAUUUCUGUGGCACUCAAAAUGCUAGUAAGGUUGUCGGCGAUUUGAACUCAAAAUUACCCAACUUUGGUUAUGACGACGAGCGCGGAGACUACUCGAUUGUCAUAGGCGAUCACCUUGCGUACCGUUACGAGAUUGUCGAUGUUCUUGGGAAGGGUAGUUUUGGUCAAGUAGUGAGGUGUAUCGAUCACAAAACCGGCGUGCUUGUUGCAGUGAAGAUCAUCCGCAACAAGAAGAGGUUCCAUCAACAGGCUCUUGUCGAAGUCAAUAUUUUGCAAAAGCUUCGUGAAUGGGAUCCUCAAAAUAGGCAUAGCAUGGUCAACUUCACUCACAGCUUCUAUUUCCGCGGACAUCUCUGCAUUUCGACCGAACUUCUCGAUAUGAACCUCUACGAAUUCAUCAAAUCCAACGCAUUCCGCGGGUUUUCUCUGAAACUGAUUAGACGAUUCACCAAACAGAUGUUGAGCUCGCUCAACCUACUUAAACAACACAAGGUGAUUCAUUGUGAUCUUAAGCCGGAAAAUAUUUUACUUCGGCAUCCUAUGCAUUCCGAAAUCAAGGUUAUCGAUUUCGGUUCCAGUUGUUUCGAGAACGAAAAGGUUUAUACAUACAUCCAGUCCCGAUUUUAUCGAUCGCCUGAAGUUAUUCUGGGGAUGACAUACGGCUUACCAAUUGACAUGUGGAGUUUGGGUUGUAUUCUUGCCGAGCUGUACACCGGUGUCCCUAUUUUCCCUGGCGAGAAUGAGCAAGAGCAGCUUGCUUGUAUUAUGGAAGUAUUUGGACCACCGGAGAAGCAUCUCAUUGAAAAGAGUACGAGGAAGAAGCUUUUCUUUGAUUCGAUGGGCAAGCCGCGCUUGACCGUAUCUUCAAAGGGUAGGAGACGCCGUCCGUCGUCCAAGACACUUCAACAGGCCAUUAAGUGUGAUGACGAGCCAUUCCUGGACUUCCUUGCCCGGUGCUUACGAUGGGACCCGGACCGCCGUCUUAAGCCUGAAGACGCCAUACGUCACGAGUUCAUCACCGGUCAGAAGACGUCGGUUCCCGUACCAAGAACACGUGAGUCAUCCCCGGUCAAGCGUCAUAAUACUAUUUCAACGCCGCGACCCCUACCUGAGCCUCCGGGACCCGGUAAGAGUGGACCGACGCUACGGCCCAGAGAAGCGAGUAAUGCCAGUCCUUUAAAGCCAGGCGUGGCAGCGAGACGGACAUCUGCUUUUGCCGGACUGACGUCCGGUACAAAAAGGGCCAGUGCGGGAACAGCUACAACUGUAGGCAACAGCAACCUUCCCCGUGUGGCCGGCCGAACUGUUAGCGGCAAACAAGAUCUGGCCUCCGCGGGGGCUAAUGUUGCUAUGAGUCGACGAGCUUGA